AUGCCUCCCUCCCAUCCCCGCGAACAGCCUGCCUGCCUACCCGCCCGUCCACCCACCCUACCCCCGCACGACGCGCCGCUCCUACAAGUCCCCCCUUCACGUUUCCCCUCACUCCACCUCCACAAGAAGCGCCGAAGCCCCAGAAAGAAAGAAAGAGAGGAAAAAGGAACCCGAGCUAACCAACUCGAGGGAGGGCGCGCGCGCGUGCGCACGCUCUCGCUCUCUCUUCUCUCCAGCUUCUUCAAGACGCUCGUCGACCACGAAGUCACGGUCGAGCUCAAGAACGACAUUUCGAUCCGCGGCACGCUGAAAUCGGUCGACCAGUUCCUCAACAUCAAGCUCGACGACAUCCACGUGGUCGAGGAGCUCAAGUACCCGCAUCUGAGCUCGGUCAAGAACGUCUUCAUCCGCGGCAGCGUGGUGCGGUACGUGCACCUGCCGGGCGCGGCCGUCGACACGGCGCUGCUCGAGGACGCGACGAGGCGGGAGGCGGCGCAGGCGGCGGCGAAGGCGAAGCAGUAG